CACGCAGCCCACAAGCGGGGUCUAAUCCCUCCCCACCCAGGUCUGAGAGGCCUCGGUGCUUCCCUUCAGGUAACUCCCCUGGCCGAGGUUUCUGUCUGCAGGUACCUGUCUCCGGCCCAUGGAAAUGGGCCGGGGAAAGUCAGGGCUCCAGGAGGGUUAGGAAACAAAGUUCUUCCUCUAUGCACCGUGCGGGCGGCCCACCUGUCUCAGACAGGGCAGCCCUGGGCUUCUGGUCCUGCUGGGCUGGGUGUGCGCCAGGUCUUUCAUCAUCUUAGGUUUUUGCAGCAACGUAAGUGGAGAAAAGGUCUCGGAUUCAGCACUCCAUGAAAUGGCAGAACAUGCCCUCUCCUUUCCAAGGGUGGUCCACGCGCAGACUGGUGCUUUCUUAGAUGGCACCAACAAUGAUGCUGAGUGUGUGAAUAGCAUAGAUACUUCCCAGAAGCUCUGUCUGAGCUCCUGCAAGAAGCCAAGAGAUGGAGCCCCCUGGCAUGACCAUCUUCGAAGGCUUGGGGGAUGAAGUAACGGUGGUGACUGGCGUGGUGGUUCUUGUCCUGGCUCUGGUUCUGGCGUGGCUUUCCACUUAUGUAGCAGAUGGCAGCAACCAGCUUUUGGGAACGAUUGUAGCUACGGGCGAAUCCUCAGUGAUCCAUCUCAGCCACGUCGAACGGUACGUGGGGAAUUCAGUAACGUCAGAGCCGACUGAGCCCCAGGGGUCGGCUGAUAGUGCAGAAGAAAAAGCCGAAGAGGAAGGGGGUGCUGCAUCCAACUUGGGCCCUGCAGUUGAGCAGGGGGGCAAUGGCAGCACCUCUGACUCCAGCCUCGACCAUCUGCUGAACAUACAAGGCUUGCCCAAAAGGACAUCCUCCAGCGAGUCCAGUGCCCUAGAACAGCCGGGUCAAGAGAGCCAAGGAACCUCGCAAAUGCCACACAUCAGGGAGGAGAGUGAACCAUGCUCCGGGCUCAUCAAAGUGCGUCUCAAGUUCCUCAAUGACACAGAAGAGGUGGCCAUGGUGAGACCGGAGGACACUGUGGGUGUUCUCAAGAGCAAAUAUUUCCCAGGACAAGAAAAUCAGAUGAAGUUUAUCUAUCAGGGCCAGCUACUCCAGGACCAGGCACGGACCCUCCGCUCCCUCAAUAUCAUGGACAACUGUGUGAUCCAUUGCCACCUCUCGCAGACCGCCGGCUCUCCCCUUCCUGACUCGGCGGUCACCCCAGCAGAAGCAGCAGGGGUCACGGUGAACAUAGGGAAUCUAAUGCUCCCUGUUUUCGUGGUGAUGCUGGCUGUGAUCUGGUACUGCCGCAUCAACUACCGCCAAUUCUUCACUGCGCCAGCCACGGUCUCCUUGGUUGGGGUGACUGUCUUCUUCAGCUUCCUGGUUUUUGGGAUGUAUGGACGAUAAGAGGCAAAGUUGGAGGGGUAGAUACUCCUGUCUGUCCCUUUAAUUGGAACCCAGCAUUUGUUUUAUAGCUUGUUUUAAAUGUGCUGUGACAAACGGUGUUAGGGAAAGUGGCUGGGGGCCCAGGGAACCCCGUGCCUGCUCAAAUACUAGAGAACCUUCUGUAUCCAGCAAUGUGGAAGAGAGACCCCUAGAUUCACUGUUUGUUUCCUCACCUUGCUGCUGCUUAAUGAGACUUUGUUCCUCCAUAGAAGGGGACAGCUUUGCCGGGUGCUGCUUGUGUGCUGUAACUGACCUGUGUCAUUUAUGUCAUGAGACGAAUCGUCACUCCCAAGGUGCUGCUGCAACUGCUCUCAGGUAGAGAUGAGGAAAGGGACCUUCUGUCCCUUGCCUCGUGAACAUCUUUCAAGCAGCCUCAGCCUGUGCACUCGGAGCUUGUCUCAGCUGCGUGAAGGAGUCCUGUAAAAAGAGCCACUUUCUAGCCUGGCAGAAAGCAACUCUGGCUUCGUGGUUUGUCCUCUCUGCUGUAGAGGAAUGGGCCCUGUUAGAAUGCAGCUGCUGUAGGUUUGCAUGCUCAGGCUUGCUUUAGGAUAGGCCAAACUCCCAAGAACGGACUCCGUGGUGAUGAGACAGCAUGUUGCCCUGCAUGGUACUUCUCUGUCACUUUGCCACUCCUGCAAGAGGCUAGCUCACUCAGCACAUGAGUGCAGCGUGUGUGCACUCCACCAGGGCCUAAGCCCUAAAAGCCCCUUUCAGGGGUAUAGGGCUGUCUGGCACCUCCUCCCUGCUUGAGCAGGCUUGCUUUGCAUUGAACGUGCUAAUUCUAAAGACCAAAUAUUCUCACUGGCACCUGGUGCAAAUGGGAGGGAACUAUUUUUAAAGGAAUUCUUUUUAAAUAGAAGGUUGCAACUUCUGCCGAGUGCUCUUCCCCCCCCCCCGGGGGGGGGGGGGGGGUGUAGACUUGUGCCUAUCCCAGCCAUUUUGAGACAAAUGUUUAACUUUCUUUAGAGCACUUUCCUCCCCGCCCUCGUUUUCUAGGAAUGCAUUUAUAAAGACAGGCCCUACAGUGGAUUUUGUUUAAAGUCAGCUAAUGAACAUGUUGAAAGUUGCUCCUGGUUGUUGAAGGCUGAUUUUUAUUUUGCACGGGGGCAGAAGAGAAACUGCCUGCACGCACAGGAGUGCGAGAAGUAUGAACGUGUAAGGAACUCAAAGCUCUGAGAAGCAGCAGGGGGAAGUAGGCCUACAGGAGCCAUGCAACUGCCUGGUUUACAGCUGAGGCCUUGCCUACAGCGGGAACUUGACCAGAAUAGCUAGACCUGAAUACGCUAUUCUGAAAUAGCUCCCCCCCGUGAACACUUCUAGGACAAGUCUAUGCUACUGCGCUACAUUGGCACAGCUAUGCCACUGUAGCACAUCUGGUGAAGACACGCUAUGCCAACAGGACAGCGUUCGCCCAUCAGCAUAAUUACUCCGUCUCUGCGAGAGACAGAAGCUACAUCUCCCACCAACAGCAUGCGGGGUGGAGAGUGCUUCAGUUAAUGUAACUCAUGUUGCUUUGGGGGUUGGUUGGGGGGGAGAGGUAUCUUUUUCACACCUCUGAGCGAUUUAAGUUACAUUGACUUAAAGCUUUAGUGUAGACCAGUCUCUCAAAUGUCUUUUGUUUAAUUCCAGAAUUACUGUUUUGUGAGGGGAAUGAUUAUUCCAGAACAGAGCAUCCAGCUGGAGGGUUAUUCCAGGGAGUUCAGUUUCUCCCCUAGACAAGGGCUGAGAGAAGGGGUGCCCCUUAAGCAGCACCCCUUCCCCCCAAAACACAUUGGGCACAAUUGAACAGGGAUGAAAGUGCUUAUGGAUAUAGCUUAUUCUGCUUCCUGAGUGAGAAUUAGCCAUAUUAGCAUAAUCAGAUUCCCAGCAGGGCUUUUACCAGGAUAACAAUCUUGGUACAAAACCCACACCCUUACCUGAAGUAGUUAUACUAGUGCAAAAAGCCUUUAGGGCAGGCCUCCAUCAUUGUGUGAUGGUCACAGCCGGGACUACUCUAAAAAUUACAAGCAGCAAGUCUCUCAGGUCUCAGUGCAUGAUGAAAGGGUACAGUUGCAUUCUCCCCCCCCGACAGUCCCUUCCAGUCCAGUUUGUGUGGCAGUUUGCACCUUUUGCAGCCAAACUCCCGUUCUUCCUCAUGCAGUUUAACAGUUAGAGAUAAACUCUUGGGGGAGUGGGAAGCGGCUUGAAUUUUAAAAACACAACCCACAGCUCUUAUAACCAUUACCACUUCCCCCCGCAGCUGUAGUUCUAGUCAGAAGGGGAGACAGCUGCAGGUGAAUGACAUUAUACAGAAAAGAGGCUUUGAUACCAAGUCAAGAUGCAUUUUAUUUACAGGGGCAGCCACAAUCCACUAAUGGGAAUACACAGAUUUUACAAAGUUGGAACUACCUGUACAGGAUGGAUUACAUAUGCAAAAAUAAAAAUUUCAAGACCACAGUACAGUACUUACCCCACCUUCCCCCAUGUGAUCACCACCUGUGUCAUUUCCCACACCCUGACAGUUGUGUUGAGGGACACAAUGGGGAAGUCCCAGGUGCAGGUUUUUUAUAUCAUUACCAAUUAAAACCCUCCUCAUGACCAGUAUCAUGAUAGAAUGCAGGGUUUCAAGUGAAGCAGGCUUACCUUAAAAAUAAAAAAAGGGAGGGGGGGGGGAGAUGAUACAGAGCCUGUGAUUAAGGAAAAAUAAAACAAGCAGCCUGGAUCAUUCUCUCGGCGGCUGCAUGUAAAACUCGAAUGCGGCUGUGCUUCCCACCAGCAGCUGCAGUACAGGGUCCAGCCUGGGCUCCUUUGGGUUGUUCUCUCUUGGGCCUUGCUUUCUGGAGUUGCAAGACUCAAGCUGUUCACGGACAGUCCUGUCCACAAUGUUCCGGUACCUCCAUGGUAGCCACUGAGGCAGUGUACUUUAUCAUCAAACUGAGGAGGUAGACGACCAGCCACGCUUAGAACUACCACGGUCCUCCUCUGCAGGAAGGAUUUUAGUCCCACCAAUUCACCUAGUUAAGCAGGUUAUUUUAAUAUGCUAUGCAGGACAAAGAUAUUAACCCUCCACUAUCCACUUGCCUUCUACGCACUGCGCUGUAGUGACCCACACGACACACAUCCACUGGUCAGCAACAACUAGUUGAAGCCUAGAGGGAAAAGCCUGCUUCGUCCUGUUCCAGACCCCGCUGCCCAUGUGUUAUUACAGCCGAGCGGACUUCCUUCCACAGAAAGGUCUAGAUCAACAUCCAACACACACACUGGCGCUGCAAGAGAGUGGUCCAGGCCUGGGCCCUCAAGGUUCUAUUGUUCCUACUGUUGACAAGCCCAGAUGCCAUGGGAAUUAUCCUUUUAGGAGUCCCGGCUGGGGGCAAACGACAGCUUCUAGAGAUGCUCGGUUCAGAAUCGCAUGUAGGAGCCCCAUGCAGCUAUGCCCCAAAGCUAGCAGCAUCGCUUCCACUCGAAACCGCAGCGGUGCGAGGAGCCUGCAGCUACGUCGACUGGAAAGACAACACGUAAAGAGACGUCAACCACAUCCAGAGAGAGCUCAGGCACCCCGUGCAAGUGCACCAGCAGGCAGGGGAAGGGCACAGCUUAAAAUGACCACAAGCCAGGAGUCAAACUGGAGAUUGUGGCUGAGUGUCUCCCUGGCUUGGAGCUGGAGAAGCUACAUAGCUCAAAGGGAGGGAGGGAGGGAUACACUGUUCCCUUGUACAAGCAGCAAACGAGGUGCAGUGAUCACCUCCACUAAGACUAGCCACCUGGAUGAGAGAGCCGGCUGUAGGGGACAACUCAAUCCCGCACACUUGCAAAGCAGUUCAUAGGGACACACUCACCGGCAAUCCUGUCAUUCUAAAGCUCCGAGCCCCCGGAAGAUCCUGGCACACCCUGUCCAAGGGAGCGUUGGACUCACUAGCAGAGGGCACCGCAGGUCAGUGCCCAGUCUACAGGGUCAAAUGCUUGUGCAUGUGACACCUGCCUCCAGCUCACACCCUGAAUCUCUGCCACCCCUUUCAUAAAUUCAUCCACCAUUCAAGACGAUCAUGAUUCUUAACCUAGAUUAAAAACUAGACUCCCUCCCUCCCCCAAGAAGGGCAUGGGAUGAAGAGGCAACUUGUGAUUAACCUACCUGCACCCAAGCCCAAAUGGACACCUAACUUGGGGGGGACUCCUCUCCUCUCCCUUAAAGAUACACGUCCUCUUCCCCAGAGGCCUAGUCUCUGCAGCCACAGCCUUCCUUCGAAAUAUGUAAUGGCAGGAGUUUAAGAGACAGACAAGGGAGCCCAGGUCAGAGUCUAGCUCAGAACAAAGGUUUCCUAGGGUCAGACAGGUGCAUUUCAUAAGUUACCUUAGACAGGGAAUCGGCAAGGCUGUGGGAAGCAGGACAUUUGCACUACGGGAUUCCGUUCAUAUUUGCCAGCCAGCAGAGCCGCUGAUCGGGGUUUAGCCAUUUUCACCUUUCUGGGACGAGGCCCGUGGCAAUCUGGAGCAGACGUUCUGGGCCACUUACAGCCGAUCGGCGCCUCAGGCGCUUGGCGGCUGUACUGGCGAGCCAAGCCAAAAGCUGCGUGGGAAAGGCUGGGUCUGCACACCCCCACCCUUCGCAGGAACAGAAGGAAGGUGUAGCAAUACCAGAACCACAAUGGGCAAAGCACGCACCUAUGCAGACCACUGGCCGCCUCCGACUGCAGCCGAGGCACAUGGCCCUGUGCCACACACAUUUGCUGAGUGUCAAAGGUGCCUCCUCCACUCCCCCUCUCCGAGAGUGGCCCCCUGGUUUUAAUCUAGGGGUGUGCACCAGGCCUGUAACAUCAAGAUGCAGCCCCCACCGUGACCAAGCCGCUAGCUCGGCCUGAAAGCUCUGCUCAAAAGGAUGCCUUUGGGUUCCUGCCCUUUCAUUGAGGGCACCCCCCAGACCCCUCCAGUGCAGAGCAGAGCUGCACGCACGAGAGGGCUGACUGAGAGCCACGGCUCCAACGGGAAAGCAAAGGAGAAACCUGGAGGUUUGCAGAUGCUGAUGGGACCUGCAAGGCAUCCGGAUGCAGCCUCGCUCACACUCAAGCGUCCAGGGAGCGUCAGACAGACGCUGCCACCUGCAGGCCAGAGAGGUUCUCUGCGAGCAGGCCCGCAGCAACGCUGGUCACCAUUAGCAAAAGGCUCAGAAACCGACCACCGCUUGAAUUCUUCCCCCCGACCGCAAAAAAAAAUCAGCCGGCUCACAUCGCAGAAAGGCCUAGAAGAAAUAAACGCAGUCGGCUCGGGUCUCAGUUCCCUGGGAGGUUUGCUCUGCACACACGGGCGGCACGGCCCGGCUGGCUGAGAGUUGCAGAGAUGGAAAAUUCAAGACAAGACAGGAGAAGAGCCACGAGACCAACCGGAGAAGCCCACUCGGGGUCUGGUUCCUGGUGACAAGAAGCCCCAGGAAGAUCAGAAGCCCAGAGGGGCCACCCAGGGAUGAGAGGAAAAUAAAGACACCUCGAAAAUUGAAGCAUUCGAUUUUCCAAGUCAGCAGGAAGCACCAUGUGUCCUGGGGGGAGGGAGGGGGUCCUGCCCCGAAAAUGGGGCCUGGGCCACGCUUAGCACGUUGAGUGUGCAGGGGAAGGGGCUCGUCUCUAGCAAAGACCAGCCCAAGCAACGUGAUUCAGUGGGCACGCACUCGUCCCGUCCGAAAGCUCAAGGGGAGGGGAGAUGGGAGGCGGGGAGGGGGCUAGUGAGCUCUCCCCCCGUUGGGGAUCCCCCCCUCCCCGCAGUGUGUUUUUAAAGCAGUGAAUCGUUCCAGCACCAGCCUCGCUGCUCGGAGACCCGUGCCGUGCGGCGAGCAAGAACACUGGCCCGGCAAAGAGCCCAGCAAGGCUGUGUCACGGGCCCAGCUGCCACAGGAGGGUCCCAACAUUUACCCAGCCAGCAGCUCCCUCCAAUCACAGGGUACGACCGGAGUCCCAGGGCAACACUAGGCAAGGCAGAGCACGGCGAUGGGACCCCCUGCCCCACAGCAGGCAUGU